AUGUUGGAGGGCCUGGUCGCCAACCUGCUCAAUCGCUUCCUGGGCAUCUACGUCAAGAACUUCGAUGCAAAGCAGCUCAACAUUGGAAUCUGGUCGGGCGAUGUUAAAUUGCACAAUCUCGAGCUGCGCCGGGAAGCGCUUGACCAGCUGCGCUUGCCCUUGAACGUGGUCGAGGGCCACUUGGGCCAGCUCACGUUAUCGAUUCCCUGGUCAAAUUUGAGAGGCAAACCCGUCAAGGUCGAUAUCGAAGAUGUGUUUUUGCUUGCGGCCCCGAAGGAGGAUGCGGAUUACGAUCCGGAGGAGGAAGACAAACGUGCGCAUGCGCUGAAGAUGGACAAAAUCGAAAGCGCUGAACUUAUCCGCGAGCGAAAUUCAGAAGGCAUGAGCCAGGAGGAGCAGCGCCGGAAUCAGAGCUUUACUCAGAGCAUGAUCACUGCAGUAGUGGAUAACCUGCAGAUUUCUAUCAAGAAUGUCCAUUUCCGCUACGAAGACUCGAUUGCUUCGCCUGGUCACCCGUUCGCCGUGGGAUUGACACUCAAAGAGCUCAGCGCCGUCAGCACAGACUCCGAAUGGAACCCGACAUUUAUUCAGUCUACCUCCGACACAACACACAAACUUGCCGUUCUGGGAGCCCUCUCUGUAUAUUGGAACACGGAUGCGACUCUGCUUGGUACUGGCCGGGGCUCUGAUAUUGGCGCAGAAGCCCAAGGUAUCACUCACGAUGACUUAAUGGCCAAGCUACGGGAUGCCAUCGAUAAAGGCGACGGUAAUCAAUACAUGCUUCGGCCCGUCAGCGGCCGUGCAGGCUUAGAAAUGGACAAGUCUGGCAAACACGAUCGCCCGGCCAUGAAAGCUCGACUGCUCUUCGAUGAACUCGGUUUCGUUUUGGACGACAAACAGUACCGCGAUGCCCUGAUGCUCGUUGAUUUGUUCCACUACUUCAUUCGUCAUCAAGAAUACAAACGUUUCCAGCCUAAAUGCUCCGUGAAAGAGGAUCCGCGUGCCUGGAUGAAAUUCGCCGGAGACGCUGUACUAAGCAAGAUCCAUGACCGAAACCGACGAUGGACUUGGGAGUAUAUCAAACAGCGCAGAGACGAUCGAAUCGCGUACAUAAACUUGUUCAAGAAAAGGAAGAGAGAAGAAGUACUCACGCCGGAAGAAACAAAGGAGCUAGACCGAAUUGAGUACAAACUCAGCUACGAGGAUAUUCGUUUCUGGCGAUCCCUCGCGCGCAAUCAGCUACGCAAGGAAAACGUUGGUGUCAAGAAACCCGCUCAACAACAAUCAUGGUCAGAAUGGAUUUGGGGUAGCAAGCCAGCCGAGUCCGAGGAGACCGCCAUGACCGACGAGCAGCGUCAGGAGCUCUAUAAUGCGAUCGAUUGGGACGAGAAGAAGGCACUUGCUGAGAGUGUCGACGUUCCUCGAGAAUGGGUCAAGCUUCAAGUCAACUGGAGUCUUCGGGCUGGUAGCUUUACGUUGAAGCAGGACCCUCAUGGCGCAGCAAACGAGGUUAUGAAAGUCGUGUUUGAUAACUUCCGAGCCAAGGCUCUGCAACGCUCAGAUUCGUACCUCCUGGAUCUCGAUCUUGGUGGUUUGAAGAUGUACGAUGGAACCACACCUGGGACUCUUUAUCCUAAGAUUGUGAAGGUCAAGGACUCCCUUCCCGAACCGCCUAAGGAUCAAAAGCCUACAGACGAUGAUGACCUGGGCUCAGACGGUAGUGCGGAUGGUCUGGUUGACGAGGACAGCCUAUUCCAUCUGCAGCUGGAGAAGAACCCUCUGGACAGCGAUGCGGAUACCGCUGUCAAGGUCAAGCUCAAGAGUAUCGAGGUUAUCUAUAAUCCUCGAUUCAUCGUGGGAAUUGCAAAGUUCUUCGAACCUCCGCAACGGCACAUGGAAUCGAUUGGCGCGCUGUUGGAUACCGCAGGAGCCACCGUGGAAGGUCUGCGGCAGCAAACCCGAGCAGGCUUGGAGUUUGCCUUGCAAGAGCACAAGAAAGUCGAUGCGCAGUUCGACGUACAUGCUCCGUUGAUCAUCGUCCCCGAAAGCAUUACCCAGGAAAGCUCUCUUUGUCUGAUUCUCGAUGCCGGUCAUGCUAGUGUCAACAGUGAGCUGGUCGACCGACAGGCUAUGAAGGAUCUGCAAACCAAGCAGAAGCGACAGUACGAGGAAGAAGACUACAUGCAGCUUGAACAUCUCCUGUACGAUCGCUUCCUCAUCAAACUAGACUCCACUCAAGUUCUUAUUGGACCUGGAGUAGAUGCGACAAAGGCGCAACUCAUCUCCGGUGUGGAGUCGAAGAACUUCCAUAUAAUUGACCGCAUCAACGUGGAUUUUGUGCUGGAGAUGUGCAUUGUCCCCAAGGUGACCCAGCUCACCCGGACGCGAAUUUCAGGAAACCUGCCAGAGCUCCAUGCAUCCAUGUCUGACACCAAGUACAAGGGUCUCAUGAAGCUGAUAGAUAUUGCCAUCCCGAACUUUGAUGAAGGCAAGGAAGCUCCUGAAGAUAUCGCAAAGGCAAAGGCUGCCGCUGAGGAGGCUGCAAUCGUCACAAGAGCUAGAUCGGCGUCCUUCCAACCCCCUGCCCGCCGGGAUCUCCCUGUUGUCGACGACGACGAGGACGCGGAGGCAGCAUCUGAAGGCGAUCACUCCAAGAAAAGCCUGGACUCGACAAUCAACAUUCACCGCCGAGACUUUGAGUUCAAGUUCCAUGUUGGCCGCCUUCGCGGUUCGCUAUUCCGAGCUGACUCCCAAGACCCGCAAAAAGAUAAAUUGCUGGUGGAGUUGGUGGCUGAAGACUUUGGGCUCGACUUCUACAUGCGCCCCUAUGACAUGGUAGCAGAGGUCAUCUUGAAGUCCUUGAGUGUGGAUGAUUACAUUGAGGAAAACCCUGUACCAGAGUUCAAGCGGAUCAUUUCGUCCAAGGGGUUCAAUGCGGACGAGAACAAUGAUCUUUUCCAUUUGAAGAUGGUUCGGGUCAAGCCCGAGUCUCCUGAACUCGAGUCCACUUAUGAGGGUAUUGCCAUGAAUCUCGACAUAUCUGUCUCAACCAUCAACCUUGUCGUCACCAGAAAGACACUGCUCACGCUUCUUGACUUCAUUCUCCUCACAUUCACCAACCCACAGCAGCCGGAUGACCAGAACCAGCAGCUAGAUAAAGCCUUGCCGGAGGCGGCUUAUGCAGACCAGCAGCCCCAGCAAGCUGGCAAACUCCGCAUCAAGUCCAACCUGAAGAGUAUCGCUUUGAUUCUCAACAAUGACGGCGUUAGAUUGGCAACCCUCAGUCUCAACACCGCCGAUGUUGGUAUCUUCCUCGUGGGCCGCGCCAUGACCAUUCAAUCCCGAAUUGGUAGCUUGACCCUGGUCGAUGAUGUCAACUUGGGUGCAUCGGAAGAAUCAGAUGUUCGACGUCUCCUGACUAUUGAAGGUGACAAUUUUGCGGACUUCAAGUACGAGACUUUCGAUCCCGAUAGCGACACACACCCUGGCUAUGACUCUGAAGUCUACCUGCGGUCUGGCUCUAUCAAGAUCAACUUCCUCGAGGAGCCCUACCGGAAGAUCAUCAACUUCCUGGUCAAGUUUGGCAAGAUGCAGGCAAUUUUCAACGCUGCUCGCCAGGCAGCCGCAAACCAGGCCAACCAGCUUCAGGAGAAUCAGUCUCGCAUGCGCUUCGACAUUGUGGUUAAGACUCCCAUCGUGGUGUUCCCACGAGUAAUGGCAGAGGAUCGAUCCAGGAAUAACAUCACUGCUUACCUUGGAGAGAUAUACGUCAAGAAUGAGUUCGUUCCCAUGGAUGACUCCAAGGAUAGCCCUGCUGUGAAUGUGAUCUCCACUGGUGUACGCAAUAUCCGUCUCACGUCUAAAUUCCACUUUGAGGAUGAUGUGGAGGAGGAGCUCGAAAUGAUCCAGAAGGUCAACCUCGACUUUAGCAUUUGCCAUCUGGAGCACCAGGCCAAUAAUCCACGCCCGGAUAUGGAGAUUGAGGGCUCUUUGUCUCCUAUCAACCUUCGUAUCUCUCAAAGCCAGCUCAAGUUCUUGCUGGCUCUGUCCAAGUCCAUCCCCGGAGCAUUUGCGACUGAUGCUGAGCAGCAAGAGCUCGAAGCCAUGGAGUCUUUGCCCUCUUCAGUCACCGAGUCUACCAGGGAAGCGACUUCGAAGGCUGCACAAUCGGAGACGGAUCAAGAUGAAUCGGCCGCCAAUGAAAACGCAGGCAAAGAAACAUGGGUUCGACUUGACAUGAUCUUCAAGGUGGAUAGUGUUGGUCUGGAGCUCAUCCUGGCUAACGAUAACCAGCCUGUUGGCCGCUUGGAAGAUUCCAGUCUUUCCAAGUUCUCACUCAACGACACUAGAGUUAAGCUUCGCAUGCUGACCGAUGGCUCGCUCGAGUCGGAGCUUCUGAUCCAUUCGUUCUCGAUCCGUGAUAGCCGUCAGCAAGACACGAACAAGUUCCGUCACAUCAUGUCCUUGAUCAAUAACGAUGUCCAGCAACAGUUCAUGGCUAGCCUAUCCAUGUCCCCUGGACCGGACAAGCAUCUUAUUGCGAUGUUGACGAUCGACAGUCCCCGGAUCAUGUUUGCUCUCGACUAUUUGUCCGCUUUGCAGUCGUUUAGUAAUUCCGCAUUCGCCUCGGAAGCACCCGACGAAGUCGUGGAGGAGGAGGCCGAAUCUCCUGAGGGAUCGGAUUUGGACUCGGAUGCUGCUACCUCUACGGACAAAGCCAUCACCGAAGCCUCGGCCGGAGAGACACAGGCUGGAACAACCACCGUUUCGUUCCGCGUCAACUUGGUGGAUGCCCAGGUUAUCAUGGUUGCGAACCCUGCUAUUCCUCACUCUGAGGCUAUUGUGCUUGGUACCAAGGAGAUCCUCAUCUCCCACCAGAAUGUCUCCACUUUGCAAAUCCAGAAAGUGGGCAUGUUCUUGUGCCGCAUGGACAAGUUUGAGACUAGUCGUCUCCGCAUUCUGGAUGACUUUACAGUCGAAAUGUCGGUUGACAGCAGAGCGCAAGAAAAGGGUUCUGCCUUGACCUCCAUUGAGGUCCAUGUUGAGCCUCUGGUCCUUCGCCUGUCUCUGCGUGACAUCCUGAUGGCCAUACAGAUUGUCAACAAGGCCUCUGAAAUGAGAGCGCAGAACGCCCAGCAGCUUGAAGGCGGAGAGGCGAAGAAAAUCACUGAUGGAAAGACCAGGGGUCGGUCUGCGAGCAAGACAUCUUCAACAAUUGCCAACAGAACCCGCCGCCGCAUGAGCCAGACCAUGAGUACGCUCGACAGAAGCGUUGCCCCUCAGAGCUCGGCUGUCAUUAAGCGUGAGGAAUUGUCCGCAAAGAUUGAUGGCGUCAGAGUCAUUCUCAUUGGAGACCUGCACGAUCUCCCAUUGCUUGACUGGAGCGUGAAGAAGUUCAACGUCGAUAUUCGCGAUUGGUCGUCCACGCUGAACGUCGAUACCAACUUUGAUACUUUCCUCAACGUCUACAACUUCUCCAAGUCAGCAUGGGAGCCUUUGAUCGAGCCUUGGCAACUAGGAUUCCACAUGGCCAAGGAAGCGAACCCCGAUGUCUUCUCGAUUGAUGCCUAUUCUCACAAGACGAUGGAGCUCACGCUCACAUCAGCUACGAUCGCGCUCGCGUCAAAGUCAUUCCAAUUCCUCAACACCGACGAGGAUGUCCUCUCCAAACCAAGAGGCGCCGACGCCCCUUACAGGAUUCGUAACUAUACUGGCUUCGAUCUUAGAGUGUGGGCUGAUGUCAGUGUGGGAGAGGAAGGCCCUGCGGCUAAGCUCAGCGAUGGAGAGGAGUAUCCCUGGCGAUUCGAGGAUUCUACAGCAGUUCGUGAGACCCUCACUCCCGAGGGCCACGGCGGUAUCGUGGGUGUCAAACUGGAGGGAAGUGGGUUUGAUAGUAUCAACCGCAUCCCCGUUGUGCGAGAGGGCGAGGUAAUCUACAGUCUCAAACCAAAGCGCGAUAAUGUGCUGCAUCGACUUCUUGUGGAGGUCAAGCUUGGCGAGGACAAUGUCAAGUACAUCACUUUCCGCUCGCCUAUGCUCGUGGAGAAUAACACCCAGAUUCCGGUUGAACUGGGUGUGUUCAGCCCAGACGACGGCCAUCUUUUGAAGAUUGAGAAGAUUCUGCCUGGUGAUGCUCGACCUGCACCAGUUGGAUCAGCUUACCUGCACUCGGUUGUCAUCCGACCUGAUCAAGGGUUCGGUUACGACUGGUCCAAUGAGCGGCUAUUCUGGAAGGAUCUCAUGAAGAGGCCUACGCGAACCAUCAAGUGUGUUAGUGAAGGCGGCCAGCAAUCUCCUCCAUUCUAUUUCCAGGUCAAUACCACCUUUGACAGCAAGGACUCCCUGACCAACUCGUACCCGUAUAUGCGGAUUCGAAUCUUCGCUCCUGUGGAGAUCCAAAAUCUCUUGCCUUUCGACUUCAAGUACCGCAUCUAUGACAAGAACACGAAGAAGGACUGGACAAACUUCCUUAGAAAGGGAGGCGUUAGCCCCGUCCACGUUGUGGAGCUAUCCCACCUUCUCCUGCUCAGUAUUGAUCUGGAGGAUAGCGUUUUCCGCCAGAGUGAGUUUGCCAUCGUUAACGGCAAUGCCCAGGAUUACCGGAGAGAGCACACCCUGUCCCUCAAGGACGAGCGAGGUCUUCAGUUAAAAUUGAAGCUUCACUACUUCAAUAUCCCCGACAGUGGUGGUGCUUUCAAGGUUUCUGUGUACAGUCCAUACCUCAUCCUGAACAAGACUGGUCUGCCCAUGGAUAUCCAAAGCAAGGCCUUCCUCCAGUCCGCUCGCACUGCCGCUGGUCAAGGUCUCAGGGUUGAUCCGAGAGAUGGCGGCCGCGCUCUGCCUUACAUGUACUCCUAUAACAGCGAAGACACGAAGAAUCGGUCUAUUCUGAAGGUUGGAGAUUCCGCGUGGAGCAAGCCGGCGAGUUUCGAGGCCAUUGGUAGCACCUUUGAGGUUGUUUUCCCGGAUCGGCAGGGCCGAUCUGAGUUCCACUCUGGCGUGUCCGUUGCUGAGGGCGAGGGCAAGUACAAAAUGACCAAGGUGGUCACAAUUGCCCCGAGAUUCAUUUUGAAGAGCAAGCUCAAUGAGGAUCUAUUGAUCCGCGAGCCGGGUUCAUCCAAUGUCCUCCAGAUCAGCAGUGGGGAACUGGUCCCGCUUCAAUUCCUUCGUCAAGUGGCAGACAAGCAGUUGUGUCUUUGCUUCCCUGGUGUGAACAAUCAGUGGUCUUCUCCAUUCAACAUUGCGGAUGUCGGCACUGUCCACGUCAAAUUGGCCAAGGCGAAUCAGCGCCAGAAGUUGAUCAAGAUCGACAUUAUCCUCGAGAAUGCCACUAUUUUCCUGCACUUCAGCUUCGAGAGCCGCAACUGGCCAUACUCUAUGCGCAAUGAGAGUGACAUGGAGUUCAUCUUCUACCAAGCCAAUCCUAAUGUGGAAGAUGACGAAGAUGAUCGCUCAAGUGGUUGGCGGCCCAUUCGUUAUCGCCUACCACCGCGAAGCAUCAUGCCUUACGCAUGGGAUCACCCAGCAACCAGGAAUAAGUCCCUCGUUCUGACUUGCCAAGGAAAGACACGGCAUAUCAAGAUCGCCGAGAUCGGCAACUUGAUCCCCAUGCGGAUCCCUGCCACGAGGCCUGGAGAGUACCAGAAGAUCAUCGAUAUCAACAUUGUUGCCGAUGGCCCUACUCAGACUCUUGUCUUGUCCAACUUCAAGGCCUCAAAGAGUAUUUACAAACAGCAGAAGGGCCAAUCGUCUCAGAGCAGCAUGACUGCUGGCUUUGAAGUGAAGGAAAUGAACUCCGACGUCAACUUCAAGGCCCAGCUUCGCCUCGGUGGUAUUGGUAUUUCUUUGAUUAACCAGAACUUGAAGGAGCUACUCUACAUGACAUUCCGUGAGAUUGAGAUCAAGUUCCGGGAAUCAAGGAUCUACCAGACCCUCAACACUUCCAUCAAGUGGAUCCAGAUCGACAAUCAGCUGUAUGGUGGCAUUUUCCCAAUGCUUCUGUAUCCCAGUGUGGUUCCAAAGACAGGAAAGGAGAUGGAAGCCCAUCCAAUUUUCCAUGCAAUGGUCACCCGCGUCAAGGAUGACUCUUACGGUGUUCUCUACAUCAAGUAUGCAUCUCUGCUCUUGCAGCAGAUGACACUUGAACUGGACGAGGACUUUAUUUUUGCUCUCCUGGAUUUCGCAAAGGUCCCCGGUGCAUCGUGGUCCGAACCCCAAGAGGGCCAGUUGUGUGAUGAAGACUUUAACAUUCCGGAACCACAGCAGGGCGAAGCUGGCCAAGAUGUUUACUUCGAGCUUCUUCAUUUGCAACCCAUGCAGCUCGAUAUUUCCUUCAUGCGAACCGAGCGAAUCAACGUGGAAGAUACCAUGCAGUCGUCUAAUCCUCUGAUGUUUGUUGUCAAUGUCAUGACAAUGUCAAUGGGCAAUGUCAACGACGCACCUAUCCGGUUGAACGCUUUGAUGCUGGAGAAUGCUCGUGUCUCCAUGGGACGACUCGUCAACAACAUUCGAGCUCACUACACCCAAGAAUUCCUGCGACAAGUCCAUAUCAUUCUUGGUUCCGCUGACAUCAUUGGUAAUCCUGUCGGUCUGUUCAACAAUAUCAGCUCUGGCUUUGCGGACAUUUUCUACGAGCCGUAUCAAGGUAUGGUCUUGACUGACCGUCCCCAAGAGCUGGGUUAUGGUAUUGCAAAGGGAGCCACUAGCUUCGUCAAGAAAUCUGUCUUUGGGUUCUCAGACAGCAUGGCAAAGUUCACCGGAAGUAUGUCCAAGGGACUUGCUGCCGCGACUCUGGACAAAGAGUUCCAGGACCAGCGCCGGAUGUCGAAGUCGCGUAACCGCCCAAAGCAUGCCCUGUAUGGUAUUACUGCUGGUGGUAAUGCAUUCGCAACUAGCUUGGCCAGUGGAAUCGGUGGCUUGGCUCGCCAUCCCUUACAAGGUGCAGAGAAGGAUGGCGUGGCAGGAUUCUUCAAGGGUGUUGGGAAGGGUGUCCUGGGAUUGGCAACCAAGCCCGCAAUUGGCGCCUUUGAUCUUGCCUCCAACCUCGCAGAGGGUGUUCGUAACACAACCACUGUCUUCGAUGCCGAGGGCCUGGAUCGCGUCCGAUUGACGCGUUUCAUCGGCACUGAUGGUAUUGUCCGCCCCUACUCGCAGCGGGAAGCCCUCGGCCAGUUCUGGCUUAAGACUACCGACGAUGGCAAGUACUUCAACGAAGACUACAUCGCGCACUUGGAGCUGCCCGGAAGAGACAUGCUUGUCCUGUUGACAUAUGCACGUAUCAUGCUUGUGCGCACUAAGAAGCUCUACACAGAGUGGGAUAUCCGUCUCACAGACAUUCAAACAAUCUCCAAAGAGCGCACUGGUAUGAGCAUCACACUCAAAGGUGGUGCGAACGGACCUUUUAUUCCCGUCCAGGACGAGAGCUCUAGGAACUGGCUGUAUAGACAGAUCGCCAUUGCGGUCAAUGCCUUCAACGAAAAGUAUAAUCGAGGAUAG